AUGUCUUACCUCGCAACUAUUUACGAGGCCAGCAGUGUCCGGAUUGCUAUAAAAGCGGAAUUCUUAACUGUGGGGGAAACAUCUCUCAUUGUCGCUAAAACAUCACAUAUCGAGGUUUACAAACUUGAUGGACCUGGCAUCGUUCUCGAAGAUAAGUUUCCUAUUUACGGGAGAGUGAUAGCUCUUGCAGCUUUCAGGCCAGUGAAGUCCGCGACAGAUCACCUUUUGAUUGUGAUUGGUAAAGUCAAUUACCAAUAUUUCACGAUAUCAUGGGAUCCUGUUGCCAAAAAACCCAAAACCGAACAUAUGGCUGUGAAUUUCUCCGAAUACAAUGCACCAUUAUCGGAUUCUUUCCAGUGUUUGGCCGACCCUGGGAAAAAUAUGUUAGGGAUUCACGUUUAUAAAGGAAUUUUCCUGGUUAUUCCGCAGAUUCAGCAGUCGAUUAAAGGUUCUAGAAGGUCGCGCGCGGAUUUAGAUGUAGGCAACAUCGGGAACCCGUGUGUUGUGAGGCUCAAGGAGCUGGAAAUCCUUGAUUUGAAAUUUCUGUUUGGUACUAUUUCGCCUGUACUAGCUGUACUUUAUAAGCCUUCCGGAGCCGAUGAGAUGGCGGUUAAUACAUAUGAACUAUCUGUAAAGUCCGGUGAGGUUAAGCUCUUGGACUGGCGGAUUCGGGAUUUGAAGGGGGGACGGGAGGCUCUAUUCCUCAUACCUGUUCGGCCACCUUCGAACGGAUUAUUGCUCAUUGGGGUAACCAAGAUCCAAUAUUUCGACAAUUAUGGAAAUAAAACCUUCCUGCCUGUCGACCCGCCUAUGGUAUGGGUUACUUGGGAGAUGUUAAGUCCGGAGAGAUAUAUUUUAGGAGACGAAGCUGGCGGGCUUCAUAUGUUGACAUUAUCAGCUGGUUUGAUGGACACGAAAGUCGGUCUUCACUUAAAGCUGGUUGGAAAUGCGUCUAUUCCAGAAAUAUUAGUCCACUUAAAUCAAGGGCUUUUGUUUUUAGGCUCACACUCCGGCGAUUCACAGCUCCUCCAACUGUAUCAGAAUGGGAUUAAGCCGAUGGUUCGAGUCCAGCAAGUUCUUCGCAACAUAGGCCCAAUAGUAGACUUCAGAGUUAUGGAUUUAGACUAUUCAAGGUCUGAUGAGGUAAUGCGGCAAUAUUCGCCUGGUCAUAUUAGAUUUUUAUCAGCGAGUGGCGGGCACACGCAGGGCCAUCUAAGGACCAUAAGAAGUGGAGUUGGCCUAUAUGAUUUAGGCUUUCUUGGAGAGAUGAGUGGAAUCCGGGGCCUAUGGAGCUUACGGUCAAUUCCUGGUAGCAGCUUUGAUGAUGUGCUGGUUGUCUCCUUUAUUGAGGAAACUAGAAUAUUUAAGUUCGACAAUUCUGGAGAAAUUGAGGAAUUGUACGAGUUCAUGGGAUUUGCGCUUAACCAAAGAACUAUUCUCGCCCAUAGUGUUGUUGGCGGCCGGUUCUUGCAAGUUACCGCUACUGCAGUUAAGCUCGUGGAUGUCCGUAGUAACACUCUUAUCGCAGAGAGUUAUCCAGACAAGAGCUUAACUAUAACCAUAGCAAGUGCCAAUCAAGACUUGCUAAUAUAUGCGAUGGGUCCUACCUUGGUUCUUUUGAAUCUUGCGCGAGAUUUGGAGGAGCAUAUCAGAACCACCUUCGAGAACGAAAUAAGUUGCCUCAACAUGCCUAGUUCCCCAUCCACAAUCUGCGCAGUUGGCUUCUGGACUGUGUCACUGGUCCUAAUUCUUAGCGUACAAUCGUUCUCCAUUUUAUCUCAGGAGAUAUUGUCUCAAGAGGACAGUGCCGCUACUCCCCGUUCAUUACUUUUUGCGAGACUUUUAGAGAACGGACCGCCGACCUUGCUUGUCGCCUUAGGUGAUGGAAGCAUGUUCACUUUCGCAUUGAAUGAAACGACUUGCGGCUUAAGUGAAAGGAAACAUAUAAUUCUUGGUGCGCAGCCAAUACGGUUCCAGUCAAUACCUGGGGGAAAUGGUGGAGUUACUGUUUUUGCAACCUGUGACCAUCCGAGCGUUAUAUAUGGUAGCGAUGGGAGAAUUGUAUACGCUUCUGUUACCGCCGAUAAACCAACCUACGUUACCUCCUUUAAUUCUCCCAGCUUUCCAGAUGCUGUCGUUAUAGCUAGCGAGGAUGAUUUAAAGCUCUCCGUUGUGGACCCUGUGAGGACUAUGCAUGUCCAGUCAUUACCAGUAGGGGAUGUUGUCCGAAGGAUAGCGUACUCAAAGGAGAAGAAUAUUAUUGCAAUUGUUACAGUUUCAAAAGUUCCCGAUACGAGGACAGGCGAUUAUCUCUAUUCAUCUUGCAUUCGACUUGUCGAUAACACUGCUUUUUCUGUGGUUGAUUCCUAUGAGCUAAACCAACUGGAGCUCGUUGAGAGUCUCGCAUCUGGCAAGAUCUGUGGUGGAAACGGAUUACUCUCUGAAGGGUUUCUAGCAGGAACCGUAUACCCUGGCGGGGGUAGGGACGAGAGCGAAAAAGGCAGAAUCAUUGUUUUUAACGCGAGUGAAACGAAACGCAUCAAGCUGAUAGUAUCGUAUGAUACUCCGGGUUCGGUAAAUGGAAUACAGAUUGUAGGAGAAGGAAAAUUCGUGGCUGCUAUAGGCCGAGAGAUUCAUCUUUACUCUCUUAAAUACACUGAUAUUCAGAGUAAAACAGCUGCAAGCGAGUCGGUAGGCGCUACUGGAUGUACAAUCACCAAGCUAGCAAGCUUCAAAGCACAUAGUACACCUCUUGACGUUGCAGUCUACAAUGACAUUAUCGCCGUUUGCGAUUUUAUGCAUGGUCCUUCGAUUCUCCAGCAUAUAGAGGAUAAAGAAAACAAAAGUUCUGAGUUUGUUGAGGUUGCAAGGGCACCAAAGCCGAGUUGGCUUACAGCUCUCGAGCUAUUGGAUGAAAAGACUGUUUUCUGCGCUGACACGGAUGGUAAUUUGGUUGUUUGGCAACGGCAACUCUCUGGAGUCACUGAAGAUGACAGGAAGCAACUGCAGCAAAUUGCAUCCAUGAAAAUUGGAGAGGAUAUUGAUAGGAUUAGAAGGAUCUGCAAUCAGACCUUGGCUGGAAGCAGGGUUCAGCCAAAAGCCCACUUAUCAACGGUAGAUGGAGCUAUAUUACUCUACGGGCGACAUUCAAAGCUACCGUGAUAGAUCUAUUGAUCAAUCUUCAGACCAAUCUCGCAAAACGCUGUUAGGGGAUUAGGGGGCCUCCAUUUCCUAUCCUACCGCGCAAUUUCGACAUCACCGGAUAACUUGAGCACAGAGCCAAUGCGGUUUGUCGACGGAAA